GUGGAGGAGUCUUUACCUCUGACAGUCACAGACACACAGUCUGCUACACACAACUAUGUUGACUGCACUGAGUCCAAUGGUGAAGAGGAAGAUGAUGACGAUGAGGAGGGAGAGGAGCAUGACAGAAAAGGAGACACAAAACCGACAAAGAAGGUGAUAAAAGAAGGAGAGAGGAGUAAAGAACCAGACGAAAAGAAGAUGGAGGAAGAACGUAAAGAGACCUCUAACGCUCCGAAAUGGGAGGACUUCUUUAACGGAGAAAUGUUGAGUGACAGCCAGAACAGCCAAUCACAAUCCUGCUGCUCCAACACCACCACCUCCCCCUCCAGGAUGACUGGCUCACAGACACCUGAGCUGUUCAGCGAUCAAGAAGAAGAAACUCAUGAACAUAACGACAACUUCAGCCUGUCCCUGUCUGCCUCUCUGUCGAAUCAUUCCUCCCAGAACAUGGACUCGUGCUUGCCUGACACCUUGAUCCUCCAACCAGAGCAAGGGGGGGGGGAACAAGGAGACGUGUCAACCAACACCAAGACGGAGAGUGAUGAUCUGAUUCUCCCGUCAGAGCUGGAGGAGCUGUCGACGUCUCAGGCGUCUCAGGCAUCGUCGGACUUCGACAUCGCCUGCACACCGGAGUCGAAGGUGCCACGACCUGAUGAACUGUCACAACUGUACAGGAAGUUGGCAUCAGGAGAGGAAGUGGUCAUCAGAAAGGGAAGUCAGGGCUUUGCAUGAUUUGAGGUGAAGUUUUAGACAGGGGCCAUAAAGAAUAUUUUGCAAAUGCUCAUCCAUAUCAGCAUAGGGAGGUAAGUAACAAUUGUUUCUAUUAUGGAUCUGGUGAUUAUUAAUUAAUCGUUGUGUCUAUAAAAUGUC